CUUUCCUUCUUGAAAGAUAUUUUCACUUCCCUGUACCAUCUAAAUAUUGGUUUAUUAAUACUUCCUUUCUUUUCAGGCUUUCCCAAUAACAGCAGCAUACCAGGCAUCAGAAGUUUUUCCAUUCGUUUUUCUUCCAGUCCAGAGGCUGAUCUUAUACCUAUUGACGGUGAUACUGAAAAUGACUUGGAAGUUGGAUCAGGAGCCACCAAUCAGACUGGAUUAUUCCUGCAUGAACAACAAAUGAUGUCAGUUCAAACAGCAAGAUACCUCACUAGUCCGUGGCUGACCCGUUUUGUUCCUUCAGUUUACACCCUAGUGCUUGUGCUGAGUCUCCCUCUGAACAUUACAGCCAUACUUGUGUUUCUGAAAAAGAUGAAAAUCGAAAAGCCAGCUGUGAUAUACAUGCUGAAUUUGGCCCUUGCAGAUGUUCUCUUUGUAAGUGUGCUUCCGUUUAAGAUUGUCUAUCACUUUUCUGGAAAUGACUGGGUUUUUGGGCCUCAGAUGUGCCGUUUCAUCACUGCUGCCUUCUUCUGCAACAUGUACUGCUCAAUAAUGCUUAUGACUAGCAUAAGCUUUGAUCGCUUCUUAGCAGUGGUGUACCCCAUGCAGUCCCUGGGGUGGCGUACACUGCCUCGUGCCUCACUGGUUUGUUUCAUCAUAUGGCUUGUAGCGAUAACCGGAGUUAUACCUUUUCUCUUACGAGAGCAAACAAUGGAAAUACCCAGGCUAAACAUAACUACCUGCCACGAUGUGCUGAGAGAAUCCGAACUUCAUGGCUAUUACCUCCACUUCUUCUCUGUCUUCUCUUCUGUGUUUUUCAUAGUGCCGUUUAUAAUUUCUACUGUCUGUUAUGUGUGUAUCAUUCGCUGUCUUAGUUCUUCCAACAUUGUUGCAAAGCAAAACAAGAAGACACGUGCCUUGCUCUUGUGUGUGGCUGUUUUUUCUGUUUUCGUUAUUUGCUUUGGACCCACAAAUAUUCUCCUCUUUAUUCAUUAUAUCCAUUUUUCAUAUGACAACAGCUUAGAGUAUCUCUACUUUGCCUAUCUACUCUGUGUUUCUAUCAGCAGCAUUAGCUGCUGCAUUGACCCCUUUAUUUACUACUAUGCUUCUUCUCAGUAUCAGAGACAAUUUUUCAGUCUCUUCAAUUGUAAAAAGACUUUUGAUCCUAACAGUAGUAGCAGCAGUGGCCAGUUGAUGUCUACUGCUAGUAGCAGAAGGGCUACGUUGACUACUAAUGUGAAUAACAGUGUCUACAGGAAAUUACUAGCAAUCCAUUGAGAUAAUGUAUCUUAUAAUUGUUUAAUUUUUACAAGGUUGCAGACAAAGACUGUUAUAUCCAAGGAAUGCAGAACCUUAAAUCAAGUUGCUGUACAAUAUGUAGCUCUAUAAAUCCAAUAUAGUAAUACACAAUUCAAAUUAAAGCUCUGUAUGUGUGUGUGCAUAGAUGUAUGUAUAAAUAUGUAUAGUAUAUGUAAAUACGUUAAUGUAGAGGGGAAAACUAAUUUCUUAAUAAUAGUUGUUGAGUGUUUUUCAAAUAAACUUUUUUCAGA